AUGGGUGAUAUAGUUGCGACAACCGAAAGAGCCAGGGAUGGAGGAGGAUCGUCAACCAUAAAGUGUCCUAUGCUCAAUACAACAAAUUACACUGUAUGGGCAAUGAGGAUGAAGAUUCUCCUUCGAGUUCAUAAGGUCUGGGAGGCCGUGGAGACAGAAGCUAAGAAUAACGAGAAGAAUGAUAUGGCGUUAGCCCUUUUGUUCCAAUCAAUUCCAGAGAGUCUUAUACUGCAGGUCGAAGAGCUUGGGGCAGCAAAGCAAGUGUGGGAUGCUAUCAAAACUCGGCAUGUAGGAGCAGAGCGGGUCAAAGAAGCAAGACUUCAAACCUUAAUGACCGAGUUCGAUCGUUUGAAGAUGAAGGAAACAGAAAGCAUUGAUGAUUUCGGAGGAAAAUUGUCUGAAUUAGCAUCAAGAUCAGCUGCCGUAGGAGUGUAUGAAGAGCGUAUCUGUGAAGACGAUCAAGAUGAGGACGACAAGGGAAAGCUAAUAGGAAGAGAACGUGGAGGACGUUCAUAUUACAGAGGAAGAGGUCGUGGUCGAUUCAAUUACAAGAGAGACGCGUCGCGAAUCACUUGCUUCCGGUGUGACAAAAUAGGUCACUUUGUAGCUCAAUGUCCGGAACUAAAGCUUAAACUGCAAGAGGCCCAGGAGACAGACAAUGCUGAUACGCAAGAGUCCGAUGAGCUCAUGAUGCAUGAAGUUGUGUUCCUGAAUGAGAAGAACGUGUUGCCAGAUAAGUACGAGACUAAUAGUGGAGAAGAGAACGUAGGGUAUCUCGAUAAUGGGGCUUCAAACCACAUGACGGGAGAUAAAAGAUACUUCUCAACCAUUGAUAAAACAAUCUCCGGAAAGGUGCGUUUUGGAGAUGAUUCCCGAAUCGAUAUAAAAGGAAAGGGCACGAUCUCAUUCACUGACAUAAACGGAGACUCAAGGAAGAUGACUGAUGUUUACUGGAUACCAGACCUAAAGAGUAAUAUUAUCAGCCUAGGGCAGGCUACAGAGGCUGGGCAGUCUACAGAGGCUGGUUGUGAUAUAAGAAUGAGAGGAGAAGUACUAACGAUGCAUGAUCAGGAAGGGAAGUUGCUUGUCAGAGCUACAAGAUACAAGAACAGAUUGUACAAAGUUCGUAUGGGAAUAGAGAGCACGCCCUGUCUUUACCUAACUGCAGAAGGAGAGGCAAGUCGAUGGCACGCACGUCUAGGACAUGCCAAUCACGAGACCAUUCGCAAUAUGAUGAGGAAAGAGCUAGCUAUUGGGAUGCCAAAGGAACAUAUCGAGUCAAAUAUAUGCGGGUCUUGUAUGCUUGGGAAGUAA